GACUUUUUUGUACGUGACUGAUUAUUUUCAAGUCCAGGAUAAUUUUCUUGCAGAGGCUGUGCUUGUUUGUGUCCAUUCGAAAACUUGGACUUCAGUGUCCCCCGGCCCUAAUGAUAACUUACCUACCAAACUAACAAACCUGAAGUUCUUCCCACCGUGGUUACCGACCGCGCGAGGCUGGUAUGGGCCUUCAACAAUAAUAGUGCACCAGUAUAAUUUUUGAAACAAUUGCAUGACAUCGUAGUUUUCUAAUUCUCAGGAAUUGGUGUGCCCAGUGAAGCUGCAUCGAUGGCAUUCUCCACUGGUAGUUUCCGCGUGGCUGCAGUCACAGCAGCUGUUUCUACGCUUGGUCUAAGCGCUGUGCUGAGGAGAGACGAUGGAUCAGGUGUGCCCUCACGUUCACUUUCUACCUCAGUUGAAAGUCAAAGAAAGCACCUAUUUCCAUUGGGUCGCCAGUCCGGCAUGGGUCUACCCGUGCCCACAUUGCCUGCUCCUCGAACGUUCGCAGCUGCAUCAUCGUCUGAGAAUAAAGCAGCAACGGCUGAGGAGCCUGUCAAAAAAAGCCGAUCCUUGAAGAAAAGAGAACGCCGAUUCCAGGCGUUUGCAUCGUGUGAACACGAUGGCCAAUUGUUUAUGACAGCGCAAGAUUUUUUGGAGUCUGUUACCAAACAAGCGCCCAGAGCUCGCCGGCAUCGCAAGAAACUCUCUAAUGAGGAUGUCGCUAGAAUGCUGGCAUCAACCCCCGCACUAAAGAAAGGAUCACAGGAUUUGUUUCGGCAGAUGUGGCAAGACAGUCUGUUCUCCUAUGCUGACUACCUCUUUAUGCUUUCCGUCCUGACCAAACCACAACAACACUUUCAAAUCGCUUUCCGUAUGCUGGACGUGGAUGGUAACAAGAGUAUUGAGCUCAAUGAGUUUCUCAAGUUUCAAGGUGCUGUCAACAAGUCUUCUGCACUGCGGUCUGGUGAGGAGGCGGACUCCAGUUCAUUACUCUGUCACUUCUUUGGUCAAAAUGGCAGCGGAGUGCUGCGCUUUCAGGACUUCUUUCAUUUCAUGGACAACCUACAACGCGAAGUCCUAGAGCUUGAGUUCAAGAACCAUUCUCAAGGAAUGAAGGUUAUCAAUGAAUUGGAAUUUGCUGAGAUUCUCCUGCGAACAGCCCACAUCUCGGAGAAGGACGUUGAGUUGUAUAUUGAACGUCUCAGAGCACGUCUUGAUCAGUCACACGGCAUUACGUUUGACCAGUUUUGCAAUUUUGACAAGUUCCUCAACAAUUUGCACGACUUCUCUAUUGUGGUGAAAAUGUACACUGUGGCUGGACACCCUAUCACUAAAGGUCAAUUUCAGCGUGCAGUGAAGGCAUGCAUGGGCUAUGAUCUGGACGAGCACUUGAUCGACACUGUCUUCAAACUCUUUGACACAGAUGGUGACGGACGGCUCAGUCAUGAAGAAUUUAUUGUCGUGAUGCAAAAACGGGUGCAGCGUGGCUUCGGGGGUAAGCGUACAGGUUGGGAUGGAUACAAGGCAUGUGUACGAAAGCAGGUCAGCUCCUAGACCGUGAGCCUGUUGCACGGUCCAAGGACAUGAACGUCUUGGACCGCUUCAGAGCUCAUGUCAAUACCAGGGCAUAUUUUGCACGUCGGCCAUCGGUGCUUCUUUUAAAUCUACAAUCUGGAUCCAUUGAAUGCGAGGUGCAAUUAUUUUCCUCAAGCGGCCUCAAGUGGCUGCCUUUUGUCCGUGAGCCACAGCCACACGACUUGGCUUUUGCAGGGUGCUCUUUGCGCAUGUUUCGCGGACAGCCAUUCCUGCAUUUGCUCUUCCUCAGCACUUUUGAUCUCAUUCAAACUCACUCACAACUCACUCCAAGACUGUUUGUCUACUUUCUUCUAGUUCCAUGAAUGUAUUUUGGCGUUUGACACACAAGUAUAUUUUAAAAGCCCGUUGUGUUUCAGGCGGAAUCGGCAACCAUUGCCCGUCAGUACGUCAUUCGUUGUCAAUCCCCUCACAAAACACAUACGUUUACCUUGUAGUAUAUGCCACAUUCUAGGCGCUUUUAGGUAGGGUGUUUUUUUUAAUAGCGUAACAUCAUCAGUUCCGUCUGCAAAUGAAGCAGCUCUUGUUUCAAAGUAUAUCUGCUGGCGGUCACACUCUUUUAGUUUUCGUUCGUGUGUUUGUGAUGUUAUCCUGUACGAAUCUAGGGUGAUAGCAAAGGGUAUGUUAAACCGUGAUUAAGGGUUGGCCUGCAACGCAUUGCAUCCAUUACAUAAGUUGUCCAUACCACGCUUUGUACUGAAAACUUGUGAUCUCUCGUA